CUUGAUAAUCUUCAUCAUCAUCAAACCAAACACAAAUCCUCUUACAGAAACUCUUUCAUCAAGCGAAUCCCUCGGCGGAGAUUCUCGUGGCUGCUGCGUGUAAAGUUACUGUUGGGGUUGCUGUUCAUGGCAGGACAGUCAAGAAAAUGGAUGAUAUUAGUGGCCACGAUUUGGAUUCAAGCCUUCACGGGAACAAACUUUGAUUUCUCUGCGUAUUCAUCGGAUUUGAAAUCCGUUUUGGGGAUUUCCCAACUGCAGUUGAAUUACUUGGCGACGGCCUCCGAUUUAGGAAAGGUCUUCGGGUGGUCUUCAGGUUUGGCGCUCAUAUAUAUGCCUUUGUGGGUCGUUCUUUUCAUGGCGGCUUUCAUGGGAUUCUUCAGUUACGGCCUUCAAUGGCUUGUUAUCAGAAAUGUUAUCUCUUUGCCUUAUAUUUUGGUGUUUCUUCUAUGUUUGUUAGCGGGGUGCAGCAUCUGUUGGUUCAACACAGUGUGUUUCGUACUUUGCAUCAGAAAUUUCCCUGCAAGUCGAGCUCUGGCUCUUUCACUUACAGUCAGCUUCAAUGGAGUGAGUGCCGCCUUGUAUACUCUUGCUGGCAAUGCAAUCAACUCUUCAUCAAGUUCGUUAUAUCUCCUUUUAAACGCUCUUGUUCCUCUCAUAACUUCUCUUGCAGCCCUCAUUCCAAUUCUUCGCCAGCCUUCUUUAGACCCUCUUCCUCCUGAUGGAGUUAAACGUGACUCUAUCAAUUUUCUCAUAUUGAAUUUCAUCGCUGUUUUCACCGGUGUCUAUCUCCUUCUUUUUGGAUCAAACUCAUCAGCUGGACCAACAGCUCGUCUCUUCUUUGGUGGAGCCCUUUUCCUUCUUGCUUUUCCAUUGUUCAUCCCCGGAAUCAUAUAUGCUCGAGACUGGUUUCGUCGCACCAUCCAUUCGAGCUUUCGCCUCGAAGGCUCUGGCUUCAUUCUCAUUGAUGUUGAUGAUCUCGAGCUGCAUAAAGAGCUUCUUUCCCGUGAGGCAAGUAGCCAUGAAAAUGGUCAUCUUUUAAGCGAAAAUAAUGGUUCUAGGCAUAGUAUCUCUAGACAGAAGAGCGCUGAGAGUGAUGGCUUCUGUGAGACAGUGAUUGGGAAGGAUAAAUUAGCAAUGCUUGGAGAAGAGCACUCGGCGAAAUUGCUUGUACGCAGGCUGGAUUUUUGGCUAUAUUACAUUGCAUAUUUUUGUGGGGGAACCAUUGGCCUUGUUUACAGCAACAAUCUCGGUCAAAUUGCACAAUCUCUAGGACAAAGCUCCAGCACCACCACUCUUCUCACUCUCUAUUCUUCCUUCUCCUUCUUCGGCCGCCUGCUCUCUGCUGCGCCAGACUACAUCCGAGCUAAAAUGUACUUUGCAAGAACAGGAUGGCUGGCGAUUGCGCUAUUGCCAACUCCGGUGGCUUUAUGUUUGCUGGCGGUAUCCGGGAAGUCAAUGGCACUACACGCAGGCACAGCACUGAUUGGAUUAAGCUCUGGGUUCAUAUUUGCCGCUGCAGUUUCCAUAACAUCAGAAUUGUUUGGCCCGAAUAGUGUAGGAGUCAAUCACAACAUUCUGAUCACCAACAUCCCGAUAGGUUCACUUGUUUAUGGCCUUCUUGCAGCCAUAGUUUAUGAUGCCAAUGUGAGGCCUAACGCUAAAGGUAUCUCCACAGACUCGGUGGUGUGCAUGGGGAGACAGUGUUAUUUUUUAACCUUUUUAUGGUGGGGAUGCCUAUCCGUUCUGGGUUUGGUCUGUAGUGUGCUUUUGUUCUUGAGGACUAGGCCUGCUUAUGAUCGUUUUGAAAGGAGUCGCUUGACACAAUUGUAUUAAGAGAUCAGUCAGGAUAAUUCAUAGAUUUGACUAGGGGCAAGUGUGGAUUGGGUAGAGAGGCAUGAAAUGUAUAGAUAGUACAUUAAAUGUUUACUUGUAUUCAACCCAAAAAAAAUAAACAAAGACAUCAACAAUUUUGUAUUCA